AUGGAGGAGCAGUUGUCCAGUUCCUCUGUGGCCGACUCUCCCCAGCGCUGUGGCUCUUGUAACCAGACUAGCGUAGUCACUAGGCCCCUCGUGUCCCCUACUCUCAAAGAAGCUUUGAUCAGAGUUGCCAAGGUGAAAGAUUCAAUUCAAUGGUUUGGAGUAGACAUUGGAGGGUCCCUGGUCAAGUGUGUCUACUACGAGACUCAAGAUGAUCAAGCACAAAGCACCAAUGCUGAUGAAAGGGAGGGAGUUGCUUCAGUCAAGAAAUUCAUCAAAUCCAAUCUCAAAUAUGGCUCCUCUGGCAGUAGAGAUGAGAGGCUGGAAAUGAAGAAUCUACGCAUUCAGGCACACAGAGGAACACUACAUUUUAUAAAGUUUGCUACUAGUAGAAUGGACGGGUUUUUUGAUAUGGUGACCAAGAAUGGAUUAAGCAAGUUCCCUAAAGUGGUGUGUGCUACUGGUGGAGGUGCCUUCAAGUUUGAGAAGGAUUUCAAAGAAAGGUUGGGCGUGAGUCUCCACAAGCACGAUGAGAUGCAGUGCCUCAUUCGAGGGGUCCACUACCUCUGUCACAAUUACCCUGAUGAGUGCUAUUACUGGGAGGCCCCGAAAACUCCUCACACACGCAAAGUUUCCUCUCCCGUGGACUCUGAUUUUUAUCCCUACAUCCUGGUCAAUAUUGGCUCUGGUGUGAGCAUGUUGCAAGUCGAGUCGAGUGAGAAAUUGAAAAGAAUUGGCGGUACUAGUGUUGGAGGAGGGACCUUCCAAGGCUUGUGUGCACUGUUAGCCGGGACUGACUCUUUUGAGGAGGCCAUAGCUCUUGCAGAGAAAGGAGACAGUACUAGAGUUGAUAAGCUGGUCCGGGAUAUCUAUGGUGGAGACUACAAGCAGUUUGGACUGGCUGGAGAUGUAGUGGCUAGCAGUUUUGGUCACAUGCUGCACCCAGAGCGGAGGAAAGAUGCUCGCCCUGAAGACCUUGCCCAGGCCACUCUAGUGACUGUCACCAACAACAUUGGAGCCAUUACUAGGAUGUGUGCAUCAAUAUCAGGUAUAGAGAGGAUCGUGUUUGUGGGCAACUACCUGUGCGGGAACCACAUGUCCAUGCAGAUGUUGUCCUAUGCAAUGGAGUUUUGGUCUCAAGGAACUAUGAGAGCUCUAUUCUUGGAGCACGAAGGCUAUUUCGGUGCUGUAGGUAGCAUGCUCAUGGAACUGGACCCAAACCCAAAACCGUCCUCUUAAAUUUUAUUCCUUCACUAACUGUUCAAACUCUACUUUCAUGUUUCAUUCUUCUAACUUUAUAUAAUCUAUUUUGCUGUUCUGAAUUUAUACGAGUCAUGCAGUUCAAUAUUGCAGUGUUGCCGUUUGAAUAUUUUGUAUAUCAAUAUUAUUAUGACAAUG